AUGAAGUUCACCCUCUGCCUCUCCUUACUACUAACUGGUCUUCUUCAAGUCCAUUGUCAUCAUGUCCCAGGACAUCAUGAGGAACAGGAGCACAACGGAGAUCAAAACCCACUUGAUCAUCAACAUCACCCUUUGGAAGAAGGGCAGGGAACUGAAAUGACGAGCUAUAAAAAGAUAGUCAAGACUAAUGCUGAAUUUGCAUUCAGAUUGUACAAAAUCAUCACUUCCGAUCCUGCUCCCAAAAAUGUUUUCUUCUCUCCUCUGAGCAUUUCCACAGCCUUUGCCAUGCUGACCCUGGGUGCUAAAGCUGAGACCCAUCAUCAGAUUUUCAAUGGACUCGGUUUCAACCUGUCAGACAUUGAAGAGAAUGUGAUCCAUGGAGGAUUUAAACAAAUAAUUCACACGAUUAACCAACCCAGCAAUGUAACACAGCUGAAUAUCGGGAAUGCUUUGUUCAUAGAAAAGUCACUGAAAGUGCUGCCUACAUUCCUGAACAAUCUCAAAACCUUGUAUGCAGCUGAAGGCUUCUCAACUAACUUCAAGAAUUCUACAUCAGCAGAAAAUGAAAUAAACAAUUAUGUGAAGAACAAAACUAAUGGCAAAAUCUCCCAAGCAGUUGAGGAACUAGAUGAAAGCACGGUCAUGAUUGUUCUAAACUACAUCACUUUCAAAGGUGUUUGGGAAGAGCCAUUCAAGCCUACAUCGACCAGGAACCAAGAUUUCUUUGUGGAUGCAAACACAACUGUGAAAGUCAACAUGAUGCACAGAAAAGGUGAUUACAGUUAUCUCUAUGAUGAAGACCUGUCUUGUUCGGUGGUGAGAGUGCCUUACAAUGGAGAUUACUCAGCAUGGUUCAUUCUACCAGAUGAAGGGAAACUGACAGAUGUGGAGCACACUUUGACAGGAGAAGUUAUGACCAAAUGGGGAAAAUCUGUAAGGCAUGGGAAAAUAGAAUUGCAUAUUCCAAAAUUUUCCAUUUCUGGAUCCUAUGAUGUCAAAGAUUUACUGCAGACACAGGGUGUGAAUGAUGUCUUUCAUGACAAUGCUGAUCUCUCCGGUAUCACUGGACAACGUGAUCUGAGGGUUUCCAAAGCAGUUCACAAGGCUGUAAUGGAAGUUAAUGAGGAAGGCACUGAAGCAGCAGCAGUCACUACUUUAGAGUUUGUACUAAAAUCUGGUCGAAUCCCUCGUUUUCCCACCUUCAGAUAUGACAGACCCUUUCUGAUCGUCAUUAAUGAUGACCCAACACACAACAUCCUCUUUGUGGCAAAAGUUUACAAUCCAGCUGCAAAAUGA